GAGGCUGCAGCUAUUGUCGGGCUCUAUGCCGACUCGCUUGCGAAGUUUGGGGGAAGCACCUCUGCUCCUCCGCCCGGCGGCGAUGUUGGGGCUGCCCUCGCGUGGCUGAAGUCUCAUAUCCGCAUGCUCCCCGACUUUGUCGGAGGUGCUGUUGAUUUUGGGGCUUUGGCCGCGGUUAGCUCCUUCGCUAGGCUUUUGCGCCGCGGAGGUUGCUCUCACGCGGAGGGAGUCGCCAAGGAGGAUUUUGCCGCGGCGGAGGACGUUGGCGAAGGGACCCCUUCCCUGCGCAAAUCUGUCCGGAACUUUAUCAGUUCGUUCUGGAUUAGGUUUGGGCGGGAUGAGGCGAAGAAAAUGGCGGAGGAUCGUCGAGCUGAGGAGAUUGCGAAGAAGAAGGCUAAGGUUGUCAAGGCCGGUCCUUCGCGUCCACCGAGUGAGGCGUGUCCUCCGACCCAGCCUGAAGCGGAGGCUCGUGAUACUGGUGCCGAAGCUCCGGAGGGAUCUGGUGCCAAGGUUUCAGAGACGCCCGAGGCUCCUGCUCCUCCUCCGCCUCAGGUGUGAGGCCUUUUAGUUUUUAGGUUUUUCUUAGUCUUUUUUGCGUCCAAGCAUGUGACGCUUUUUUUGUAAGUAAGGCCGGAGGUUGUGUUUUAUUUUGUAAAGACUGUUGAAAAUUUAAUAUAUUGAGUUGUUUUCAGAUAAGCCUUUGUUUUACACUUUGAUCCUGCGCAGGUCUCUGGCGGAGGACCUGCGCAGGAUCGUUUCAUUACUCCCCUUUCGUUUUUUUACAAAGGGAUUUAUGUUUCUGGCGAAUUGUGGGAGUAUUGGC